UUGUGUUUUUUUUUUCUGUAGUCUGAAUGGACCGUUUUAGUGUCUGUAGGUAAAAAUGAGUUCGUCUGGGUCUCUGAGAGAGUUCAUCAGUCAGCGACUAACUGCUGCUGCUGAAGAAAUAUUCACAGAGUUUGAAAAAACCAUCGUCCAGUACGAAGAAGAGAUCGACCGACAGAGAAGACUGCUGGACAUCACCUGGAAACCGGAGAUUAAACUACACAGAACAGAUCUCUGUAAGGAAGAGGAUAUUGCGGCGCAGCUCUGCAGCCAGGAUGGGGACUCCAGUCUGGACCAGGAGAAACCACAACCUCCUCCGGUUAAAGAGGAACACGAGGAACUCUGCACCAAUUCAGUCGAACUUCUCACCCUGAAGCAGGAGGCCGAUACCUUCAUGGUGACUCCUACUCGUGUGGAAAGUGAGCACAGCCAACACAAACCCAAAACCCACCAGAUAAUCGCUCAGAACUUUCUGGAAGCUGAGACACAGGAUCAGAAGAGAAGCAAGUGUGACGACCCAGGAGCAGCCAGACAUGCAGAGCUGCACCACGGAAACAACGUAGAAAGGUUUCCCCCGUCUGAGAGUCAGCGCCACGCUGAUCCCGCUAAAAAGCCUGUCAAGUGUGACUUUUGUGGGAAAACCUUUCAGUAUCGAUCCAAGAUGAAGAGACACUCCAGAGUGCACACGGGUGAGAAGCCGUACACCUGCAACACGUGCGGGAGAAGCUUUAGUCACACGUCGGCCUUGAACGUUCACUCGAGAAUCCACACGGGCGAAAAACCGUAUUCCUGCAAAACAUGCGGCGUAAGUUUCUCCCACUUCAGAAAGCUGAGCAUCCACAUGAGGAGUCACGCGGACGGGAAGCCGUAUCCCUGCAACCUGUGUGGAGCGGGCUUCCCCGACAUCAGCGGCCUGGCCCAGCACACGGCCACCCACGCCGGAGAGAAGCUGCACUCCUGUCAGACGUGCGGGAAAGGUUUCAGGCACAGCAGCACUCUGACCGCUCACAAACGAACCCACACGGGCGAGAAGUCGUACUCGUGCGACACGUGCGGGAAACGCUUCACGCACAAAGGCAACCUGACCGCCCACAUACGAACUCACACGGGGGAAAAGCCGUAUUCCUGCGAAAUGUGCGGCAAGUGUUUCACCCAGAGGAGCGUCUUGACCGUGCACAUCAGAACCCACACCGGCGAGAAGCCGUACUCCUGCGAGAUGUGCUGCAAACGCUUCAGACACAGAAGCACCUUGAAUCUUCACAUGAGCACUCACACAGGUGGAAAACCCUGAGGUCGUAGGUGAGCCGUGAGAGUGUCAUGCCGUUCAGAUUCUGCGCAUUUUUGUUACGUAACCAAAAAGCAAACCACACCCACAACUAUAAAAGCGUGUAACUGCAUGAGCGUCCGACUAUCAUAGCACUGCGUGACAUCGGACGCUCUCUGUCCAUCUCCCUCCAGCAGCUGCCACUUUAUUGAGGUUUUUGUAGUGAAAUGAGGAGGAAUCAUAGAGAUAACUUCUCAUUUCAACUAACUGGAUCAGCCGUUCCUCAUCAUGACUGUUUCCUACAGCGCUUUCAACCGGCUUUCAACGCGAGUGACAGGAAGAAAAUAGAAGCAGGGCGUCCGACAAAUGUUCAGCUCAAAACGGCCAGUUAGGACAGUCCAAUAGAAAAUAAAACAAUGGAAUUGAUUUUGUCGCUGACGCUCGCAUCGCAUUAAGCCUGAAUUAUGGUUCCGCGUUAAAUCAACACAGAGCCUACGGUGCGCGUCGCUGCGUACCCUACGCCGUAGGCUCUGCGUUGGUGUAACGCAGAACCAUAAUUCAGGCUUAACCCCGCCGGCCGGAGCUUCCACCAUUUUUUCGUAGCGGUGUAUCAUGCAUUCAGGCAGCCAAUCAGCACAGAGCCUCAUUAUCAUAGCCCCGCCCACUCAGAAUCCUGCAUAGAUAAUGAGGUUAGAGAAUGGGAAGAUAAAGACAUGGUUUAGAGGCCGAAUUUCUAAUUUAUUUAGAAAAAACAAUCAAAAGCUUGUUUUUAAGACAUUCAAGGCCUGUUUAAAAUAGACAUUAAAUGCCAUAAUAGUUCCCCUUUAAUUACUUUAGCUCUCUCUGAUUGUUGUCUUUAGCGACAGGAGCGUACAAAAGCUGAACUACUGAACAUUCAUCUUUAGAGCAAUGUGACUGGACAACAUCAGUGACAGGGACUUGUGAACUGUUGAUUGUGUUGGCGUUGGCGACUCCACGGAGGCGUCACUCAUCCAAAUCCACCCAGCCGUUUCUGACAUGUCCUUGUACAAACACCCAAUUCAAACAUUUGAUCACAUCCAUAUGAAAUAAAAGCAGUUUUCUAGUUGGACUCCUUAAAAACCUCAAUGACACAGGUACGACUAAAGCUAUCAAGUCCAUCUAAUCGUAACUCUGGUCCGUAACGGGAGCAUCAGUCUUGGUCCACGUGUGUCACCUUUUAGUUUGAUACCAGAUUUAUUCAAAUAUGCUUUGUAGUUGCUGAGUUGAACCUGUUUUCAAUUAGUAACGUCAUUUUUGAGCAGGAGUCUAACAAAUAUGCCUCAAACAUGUACAACUGUGUAAAGUAAAACAGUAAUUUCACGUUGCAGGUGUUGAAUAUGUUUAAGUUACAGAAAUCUAAUUUCCAUUCAUGUCUGCGGGGUCGAACUUUAAAUGAAGCACUUUGGAUUUUUGCUGUGAACGUGUGACAAUGUCAUUAAAAGUAAUUUGUACUAGCCCUUAUUAAUGAAGGCUCAAAUCGGUGUUUAAGUGGGUUUGUUUGUUUUAACCUUUACUAUGUAUGUGUUGUUCUGAAAAAAACAUUUGCUAAAUUAUUGAUCAUGAAGCAGCAUGAUAUUGAUUAUUGUCAUAAAAUGACUUUAAUGUUUGCACAUGGAAACUUUGUCUUAAUGUUUUUCAGCCUUGAAAAGUUUACAUGUUGUAAGUCACUUAUUAAUAUAAAACAAUA